AUGGCGAGCUUGGGAGGUGGAGAGUCGCCGCCAGCGGCGGUCUGUUGCAUGUGCGGCGAUCACGGCUUGCUGCAGGAGCUGUUUCAGUGCAAGGUCUGCCUCGUUAGAUCUCAGCACAGAUACUGCAGCGACCUUUAUCCGAAGUCCGAGUCAUACCGAGCAUGCAAUUGGUGUCUAAGAGAUGGAGGAGCAAAAGGUCUUGCGGGAGAUGCCAAAAGGUCAACCUCUUCCUGCAACGCCAUGGACCCUCGAAGCAGCGGCAGUACUGGCACAGGAGUCAAGGUCCACCGUCAGGCUUCUCCGUCACAGCUGAGCAAGCCCAUCAAGAAGCUGAGACUGCUGUUGCAUCGAUCGGCGUCGGACAUAACCGAUCGCAUGCGGUCGGAAGAGCUUUCGCCCAGCUUCGGUAGGGGGAGGCAGGUCGCCAAGGGAAAGAUCAGAAGGUACAAACUCUUGGAAGAGGUCCCGAGCUAA